GUCGUCGUCGUCGUCCGCAGGCAGCAGAGAAUUAUACGCGAGUCGUUUUUUUCGCGUUUCAGUUUUCGUUUUAGUUACCUGCGCGCAACAACCCCGGAGUUUAAGUUGAGUGGGAGCCUGUGUAGUGCUGAGUCCUGCUCGUCAGAGUUUCAACUAAUUAAUUGAAAAGGGGGGCAGCGACAGGCAGGAGGUGUAGGCAAGGGCCAGGGAUCGGUUUGAUUGUGAAAGCGUCGUCAGCGUAACAACCGUAGUAUCCGUGGAACAUCUAUUUAAUAUUUUUUUUGCUGCUGCUGCUCUCAUUGAGUGGCAUUUGUUCGCUCUAUCCCAAACGGCGGCGCGGUUUUUGUAGCGUUUUUUUUUAACUGUGUUUUAUUUGACAGAAAAUUGUGUCAGUUAAUUGACAGCAGAGUGCUGUUGGAAUAUUUGUUUGGUAAAUUCAUCGUUUGAGUUUGCAUUUUUGUUUCGUUGGAAAUUUUUUCUAACUUUCAACCGUAAGAAUAAUAAAAUCCGGCACACUGGAGAAACAAAAUAAACGCGCCCAGCUUAUACGCGAUAAAAUGGUGCUGGCCGAGCGUAAUACGGAUGUGGUGCGCAAUGGACGCCGUUCCCGCGGACCUAGCCCCAAUACCCAUACAAGCGGUGGCGGCGGAGGUGGCUCUGGAGGCGGAGGAGGCAUAGGCUUGACCACAAGCGUUGGCAGUGGUGGCGGUUCUGGCGGUGGCGGCGGCAACAAUUCGUCGAAUCCUUCAUCCAAUGAGAAGGCCACCACAGCCACCGUACCGGGUGCGGGCACACCGGAGAGUUCCGAUGAUGAUAACUCCACGAAACGUAAUGGCAAAUCAAAAGCCAAGCAAUCUGAAUAUGAAGAAAAAAUUCGAGUGGGCCGUGACUAUCAAGCCGUGUGUCCACCGCUUGUCCCGGAAGUGGAGCGACGUCCAGAACAGAUGAACGAGCGAGCUUUGUUGGUGUGGUCUCCAACAAAAGAGAUUCCAGAUAUGAAGUUGGAGGAAUACAUUUCUGUGGCCAAAGAGAAAUAUGGUUACAAUGGUGAGCAGGCUUUGGGUAUGCUCUUCUGGCACAAACAUGAUCUUGAGCGGGCCGUUAUGGAUUUGGCCAACUUCACACCCUUUCCGGAUGAAUGGACCAUCGAGGAUAAAGUACUGUUCGAGCAAGCAUUUCAAUUUCACGGCAAGAGUUUCCAUCGGAUACGCCAGAUGCUGCCUGAUAAAUCCAUUGCUAGUCUGGUGAAAUAUUAUUAUUCAUGGAAGAAAACGCGUCAUCGCAGCAGUGCCAUGGAUCGUCAGGAGAAAGCCAUUAAAGCUUCUGUUAAAGAUGGCUCUGAAAAUGGCAGCGAGUUGGGCAGCAAUGAAGAAUCUGAUACUGAUGAUAAGAAGGGGCACAGCAACAACAACAAUAAUAAUAACAGCGGCAAUAACAACAACAAUAGCAACACCAAUAUGAGCAACAACAAUCAGACAUCAAAUUCGGGCAGCAACAGCAACGGAGAGGGAAACGGAAACGGCAACAACGGAUUCGGAAGUGGUAGUGCUGCUAGUGGUGGUGGUGGAACAGCCACAGGAAGCGGAGGAGCAGCUGGAGGAGGAGGAAUUAGUGGUGCCAGCAAUAGCAACAACGAACUGGAUGCGGAUCAGUUAUGCAUUUAUAGUAAUACCCAUGGCGAUGAUAUACUUGGCUUUGGCCUUGCUGCCGAUGUCCUGCCAAAUGGUGGCGAUAACAACUCCUCGCUCAUCUCAGAUGGCAACUCGCCCAGCCAGCGUCGAGUAGUGGGCGGUUUCUGCAAGAAUUGCAAUGUGGUCUGUCACAUGUUGUUCGAUUCGCCAUUGGGGCGUAUGUGUAAAAGUUGUCACACGCAUUGGAGACGCACUGGCAAUCGCCGUCCAAUUUCUGGCCCGGAAAGCACUACACCCAAACGUUCUGCCCAUAAUAGCGCCGCUGCUGCAGAUCGCUCAAAGCGUAAACCCCCCAAGGGGAUGUAUAUCAAUCAUGAUGAUCUCACUGCAUUGGCCAGUUCGAAAAAUCCUCGAGAAUAUCUAGCCGAAGGUGAUCGGAAAAUUGCUGCCCUAAUGGCUGAAAUACAGAAGAAUAGGCAACUAAUGGAACAGCUGGACAAAGAAUGCGAAGCCAUUAAUGUGGAUGAAGUGGGAGGUGGUGGUGGCACCUCGGCCAAGACAGCAUCAUCCCAUACAGCUGAGGCAACUGUUGCCGCUGCCACCACCGCUGCCGCCCAGCCAAGGAUCUCAGGCCGUUGGACACCAGACGAGAUACAGGUGGCCCUAUUGGCUCUACGUGACUAUGGCAAAAACUAUGCGAUGAUAGCCAAGGUUGUCAACACAAAGACGGAGGCACAUGUACGAACGUUUUAUUUGAACAAUCGACGUCGUUACAAUCUUGAUCAGAUUGUCAAAGAAUAUGAGGCUGCCAAAUCCGAAGAAUCUGGUGCAGAGGAUCAUACCGAUGCGGCAACAGCAGCAGCAGCGGCGACAGCAUCAGGAACAGCAGCAACAUCAGCGACAGCGGCGUCGGCUGCUGCUGCUGAGAGCAACACUGAAGCACUUUCAGUGACCAAUCCAGCAUCAUCAUCAUCGGCAGCCGAGAAGACGUCCUCGACAUCGUCGAAAUCGUUGCUAAAUGAUGCCAGCGAGAGCAGCAGUAAUAGUGCUCAGGAAUCGCAUGUGAAAAAGGAUGAACCCAAGAAGAAGACCGAAUUGGCAGUUGUUUCUGCCGCAUCACUAUCCUCUUCAGCGUCAACCACCUUCAAUUCGUCAGCAGUGGUGGCUGCCACAACAACAGUCGAUAAUGGUGGCUCCUCCUCAUCCUCCUCCUCGACCUUGCCUGCAGUAGUGGGCACUACAAAACCUAGCGCUAAUGCUUCUCCUUCUGCUACUGCCACCAUUACCAUUAUGGAUGAAUCCGAUACAGCAACCAAUUCAAGCAGCGAUGUGGCCACAAAUAGUACCACCAAUACUGCCACCAUUGGCGGUGGUAAUGGUAAUGGCAGUGGCAACGGUCAUGGUGCUACCUCAUCCCCAUCGCUAUCUAGCGUUAGUACACAGCCCGCCAAAUCUUUGUCGUCGUCGAGCAAUCACAAUGAACGCGACAGCGAAGAAUCCACAUUUUCGCUCAAGUCGAGUUCAGUUGGCACAGCAGGCGCCAAACGUGAGAGACCCACAGAGAUCACUGCCGCCGAUCAGCCACCAGCAAAAAUCAUAGCACUUAGCAACAGCAGCAGCAGCACCACCACCACCACCACCACCAACAACAAUAACAGCAACAGCAACAGUAGCAGCAGCAACAACAGCAACAGCAGUACAGCCAUUGCCACUGUGGCCGAAAUAUCUGGCAAGUGAGUGGCAAGGAGGGGAAGCCAUUGACUCCGCCUAAGCGGAUGUCAUGUGUCAUGUGCAUGUGCGGUCAUUUAGAGGAGAGUAAAAAGAAGUUGCUGAUUGUAGUUGUCGUUUUCGUCAAGAUGGAACAGCAAGAAGGAGACGAACCACCCGUGGACACGGCAGGAGGCAUCCUGCAUCAUUCUGCAUCCACCACCUGCAUCUGUAGUCUGUAGUUAGUUGUUCUUCUUAUCAUUAUCAUUAUAAUUAUUAUUUUUAUUA